GCGCAGAGCUCGGCGCUGCAGCUCUCCGCUCCUCCCCAGCGCUGUCCGCUGUUCCGCGCCCCGUCGCCGCCGCUGCCGCCACAGCCGCCGCCGCCGCGCCGGGACCGAAGGCACCGUCCCGGCUCCACCGCACAGCCGGCCCAGGAGGACUUUGCAGCCCGCCGCCUCCCGCCAGUCCGAUCGCCGCGGCCACCUGCGCACCGAUGGAGCUGGACCACAUGACGAGCGGCGGCCUCCACGCCUACCCCGGGCCGCGGGGCGGGCCGGCGGCCAAGCCCAACGUGAUCCUGCAGAUCGGUAAGUGCCGGGCCGAGAUGCUGGAGCACGUGCGGAGGACCCACCGGCACCUGCUGACCGAGGUGUCCAAGCAGGUGGAGCGCGAGCUGAAAGGGCUGCACCGGUCGGUGGGGAAGCUGGAGAGCAACCUGGACGGCUACGUGCCCACCGGCGACUCGCAGCGCUGGAAGAAGUCCAUCAAGGCCUGCCUGUGUCGCUGCCAGGAGACCAUCGCCAACCUGGAGCGCUGGGUCAAGCGGGAGAUGCACGUGUGGCGGGAGGUCUUCUACCGGCUGGAGAAGUGGGCCGACCGCCUGGAGGCCAUGGGCGGCAAGUACCCUGUGGGCAACGAGCCGGCCCGCCACACCGUCUCCGUGGGCGUCGGGGGUCCCGAGGGCUACUGCCAGGAGGCGGAUCCCUACGACUACACCGUCAGCCCCUACGCCAUCACCCCGCCGCCGGCCACGGGGGAGCUGCCCGGGCAGGAGCCCGUGGAGGCCCAGCAGUACCCGCCCUGGGGGCCCGGUGAGGACGGGCAGCCGAGCCCCGGUGUGGACACGCAGAUCUUUGAGGAUCCGAGGGAGUUCCUCAGCCACCUGGAGGAGUACCUGCGACAGGUGGGCGGUUCCGAGGAGUACUGGCUGUCACAGAUCCAGAACCACAUGAACGGGCCGGCCAAGAAAUGGUGGGAGUUCAAGCAGGGUUCCGUGAAGAACUGGGUGGAGUUCAAGAAAGAGUUCCUGCAGUACAGCGAGGGCACGCUGUCCCGGGAGGCCAUCCAGCGGGAGCUGGACCUGCCGCAGAAGCAGGGGGAGCCGCUGGACCAGUUCCUGUGGCGCAAGCGGGACCUGUACCAGACGCUCUACGCGGACGCGGAGGAGGAGGAGAUCAUCCAGUACGUGGUGGGGACCCUGCGGCCCAAGCUCCAGCGCUUCCUGCGCCGCCCGCUGCCCAAGACCCUGGAGCAGCUCAUCCAGAGGGGCGUGGAGGUGCAGGACGGCCUGGGGCAGGGGGCCGAGCCCGCGAGCCCCCGCCCCCCCACCGAGGACGAGGCCGAGGCCCUCACGCCAGCCCUCACCAACGAGUCCGUAGCCAGUGACGGGACCCAGCCCGAAUAGAGGCCGGCCCCGGCCCCAGCCGGCCCACCGCACCCCGCCUGUGGCCUUUGCCAACCAGAACUGUUGAGCUGGGCUGACUCCCACACGGGGGAGCCCCUCAUCCUCAUCUGGCGGGGCCCCUGACCUCAGCCUCCCAGCCUGACUCACACAGACACAAGUCACCCAGCUGUGGGCAGUAUCCUCCAAACAGCGGAGGGCCCCUGCGCGUCACCCUCCUUCUGUCUGUCUUUCCCGGCCUCUGACCCCACCCUGCACACUCUCUGGCCACCACAGGACCUCCCAGCUUCGUCACUCUACUCAACGCCCCGGGCCCUCUGGGCACUCAGAAAUCAAGUGUCCAGAUGGCGCAGGCCAGUAAGCACUGAGCUCAGGGGACACCCCAGAGCAGAAGCUAAGACAGCACCAGCACCACGGGAACCUCGGCUUUGGGGCGCCGCCUUCUCCUGGCCGGUGCUGUGCGGCCGGCUGGCACUCUUGCCGCCGCCCAGGGCAGCCGGCCGGCCGGCGUCAGGCAGCGAGGCUCCCUCCUGCUGGCGGAGAGCUGCCGCCUCAGGAGCCUCCGGCGGCAGCGGCAGCAGACCUGGCGUCCUGGUGCCUCCUGGCCCCUCAGCACCAGUGAUUCACCCCAGCCUGGAAAAGGAUCGGCUGGGCUCGAUGACUCACCCGCGGACGGCGGAGGGUCUCACAGGGCUUGAGUCCUCAAACUCAGCUGAGGAGCCAGGAGAGUGACGACAGGUCUCAAGGCUCCUACGGAGCCUUCACCGCUAUGCCCGGCACUGCCCCUCCCUCUCCUCCUGCCAGCUGCCCACACACGAGGAGACACAGAGGUCCGCAGAGGAGCCGCAGACAGGGCGGGCCCGGCAGAAAGCUGGUGAUGAACACGGGCCAGCGUGAGGGCCAGGGCCUGCCACUAGGCCUGCCCCGCUGGCCACCAGCCUGCCCGCCCCCACGGCCACUGUGGCUGGAGUCGGGGUCUGCUACCUUGCGCCCUGUCUCGCUCCAGCCCAGGAUCCCCUGCCCAUGGCAUGGUGGCCAUCCUCUCCUGCCAGAGCUUUCCAGGAGCUCUGAGGCUGAGGCCACAGCCCCGGCCGCUGCCUGCAGCCCCAGGACCAGGAGAUCCUAGAAGCCGUGCACCUUGGCCUUAUGCAGGCUCUCUGCCAGGCCCUGCCGUUGUUGCCGGGGCCCAGACCCCCACCUGUCCUGGCACCCACGCCCUGGUGCUGUCCCUGGUGCUGGCCGGCCACUCGUGUCUGCAGCCCGAGCAGGCCCAGGCUGGGGUUCUCCUUUCUGCCUGUCUGGUGGGGGUUUCCAGAUUCAGGAGACUGAUGGCUGCCUGUGACUCUGUCAGCCCUCCACCCUGCACCCCUGCCAGCCCCCCCCCCAGAUUUUAUUUUUGCACAUAAGCCAUAACCCAUACUCACAGGCUGGCAUAUGCUGCGGGGAGGCCCUAGGGUCCUUAAGAGGGUGUGGCCGGUCCCCCUGUCCCCAGCGGCUCUGGCCUUGAACGUCGGGCCAGGCCGUGUGUAUCCACCCCCACCACCUUACCUGAAGACAGAUUCUUUUGUAAGA